AACUGCAGAGGAAAAGCAGAGAGGACUCUGGUCUGACAUUCUCACUGUCCCACACUCCAAACUAUCCACACGUCACAGGUACAAUGGACUGCUGUGGUCUACUGACUGCCCAGAAGGAACCAGUUCCUCUGAAGAGCAUCGAGGUGGAGGUGGAGGUGAGGGACCAUGUGGCUACAGUGGUCUCCACUCUGAACUACGAGAACAAGGAGGACAAACCAAUCGAGGCUGUUUUUGUCUUUCCUCUACCCGGAGACGCUGCUGUCUGUCAUUUCAGUGCCAAGAUUGGACAGACGCAGAUCGUAGCCGAGGUGAAGGAGAAACAGCAGGCUCGUGAGGAGUAUGAUGAUGCUCUGAGCUCUGGUCAGCAAGCCUUUUUAUUGGAGGAGAGUGAGCAGAGUCCAGAUAUAUUCACUCUGAGUGUGGGCAGUCUGCCUCCAGGAGAGAGCGCCUCCAUCAGGCUGGAGUAUGUCACUGAGCUGGCUGUGCAGGCCGAUGAUGGGCUGAGGUUUUGUCUGCCUGCUGUGCUCAACCCUCGCUAUCAGCCUCAGGGCAGUGACGGUGCCAGCGUCCAGGUGACCUCUGUUCCAGCCUCUCUGGUGCCCUACAGUCUGUCUCUCUCUGCCCGAGUGUCCUCUCCUCGUCCAAUCUGUAAAGUAGAGUCCAGCUGUUCCCUGGACCCUCUGCAGUACCUGAACCCAGAGCAGACCCAGGCCACUGUCAAGUUGGCUGAAGGACACAAGUUUGACAGAGAUGUUGAGCUGCUGAUUUAUUACAAAGAUGCUCACCAGCCCACUGCUGUGGUGGAGGCAGGACAGGCGUCUGCAGAACCUGGGACUCUGAUGGGUGAUCCAGUAGUGAUGCUGAGCCUGUACCCCGAGUUCCCCCAGUCUGUGACUUCUUCACUUGCCUCAUGUGGAGAGUUUGUGUUCUUACUUGAUCGGUCUGGAAGUAUGGAUUGUUCCAUCAAUAACACCGUGCAUCAAGAAACACGGAUUGGCAGUGCAAGGGAUACUCUAUUGCUCCUGUUGAAGAGCUUACCAAUGGGCUGUUACUUCAACAUCUACAGCUUUGGCUCCAGCUAUGAACACAUCUUCCCUAAGAGUGUGGAGUACAGUGAGACAACCUUGGAGGAAGCGUUGAAGAAAGUUAAGGAGAUGAAUGCUGAUCUGGGAGGAACAGAGAUCCUUGAGUCCCUCAAACACAUUUACAGCCAACCCUGCAUUCCUAAGCAACCUAGACAACUUUUUGUCUUCACUGACGGUGAAGUGUUCAACACAAAAGAAGUUCUUGAUCUGGUGAAGAAGAAUUCAGGCUCCCACAGGUGUUUCUCUUUUGGGAUUGGGGAAGGAGCCAGCUCUGCUCUUAUCAAUGGGUUGGCCAAGGAAGGAGGAGGUCAUGCUCAGUUCAUCACAGGGACUGACAGGAUGCAACCUAAAGUGAUGCAGUCGCUGCGAUUUGCUCUGCAGCCAGCAGUGGAGGACAUCUCGGUCACAUGGGCUUUGCCCAAGGGAGUGUCUGUCACUGAUCUCUCUCCACCAAUCACUACAAUUUUCCAGGGUCAAAGGUCACUCAUUUAUGCCCAGCUUACUGGAGAGACCUUAGAGGCAGCAGAGGGCAGUGUGAUGGUGAAGUACAAUUUGGCAGGUCAUCCUUCUCAGAACCAGCUGCAUUUCAGCCUCAAACCUGCACAGGACACGGGAUUAACAGUCCACAGGCUGGGUGCUCAGACUCGGAUUCGUUCCCUGGAAGGGGAAGAGAGGGACAACGAAGGAGAACUUGAUGAGGGUGUGAAGAAGAAGGUGGUGGAUCUCAGUGUCCAGUCAGGAGUGAGCAGCUCCUUCACUGCCUUCAUAGCUGUGAACAAAGGCAACAACGAGCCGAUUGAAGGGCCUCUGACGCGCAGAAAUGUUCCAGCACCUUCUUUCAUGAUGAUGUCUUGUUUGCAGUCCGGUUAUAUGCCUGCUCCCCAAAUGAUGCCUUGUGUAGCAGCUUACGGAGCCUGUGCUUCAUUUGAUAUGCAAGAAGACUGUGAUAUCGGGGACAUGAAUGCAUGUUAUGAAGACUUAGUUUGUGGAGUUGUUGAAGACAUUACACCCAAGCAGAUUUCCACAGACCCUUUCCUGGAGUUGGUUUCCCUCCAGAAGGCGUCUGGCUGCUGGCUGCUUGAUCCAGCUCUGGCUGCUGCACUGGGAAAGACUAGCGAGGAGGUGGAGAACACAAAACCUUCAGCUGUAAACCAGGAAGUAUGGGCGACCAUUUUGGCUCUGAUCUGGCUUCAUGGCUUCAAGAUGGAAGCUAAGGAAGAGUGGGAGCUUCUGGCAAUGAAGGCCAUAUCAUGGCUCCAUGCUCAGAAUGCACCAUGUGUGGCAGAUUGUGUGGAAGCUGGAAACACACUGUUGGGUUACAGUGUGCAGAAAGAUGCCAUGGGCCUCUGAGCAUUUUAAUAAAUGGGCUUAUUUUCGGCACAGGUUCAUUAGACACAUGCAGUAUCUACUUUAAACAUAUAUGGUACGUAGAUGGUGUGCAAAAGACAUUAUGGUCGCAAUGGUCGCAAGUUCGACUCCACCCCUGGCUGAUUGUACUCAAUUCCAUUGUAAGUCGCUUUGGAUAAAAGCGUCUGCUGAAUGACAUGUAAUGUAAUGUAGAUGCUUCAUAGGUCACUGGAUCAUAUGUCAAUGUUGUAACUGUAUCAGAUCAGACGAAACUGACCUAACACAGUCCUAGAAAUUUUAUAUUGGUUGUCUGCAUAAAAGGUUUCCUUGCUUGAAAAACAUCCCUUUUGAUCAUUCUCGACAGUAGUCCAUGGGUGCAGGUCAUACAAAAUAAUUAAAGAAAUCCUUACCUUUCUGGCAUUUUUACCAUUUUCUUUUGUAAUCUUAAAUUGCACCUAAUAAGCAUAUGGCACACUCAAAUGUUGAGGUAGGCAGAGUUGUUCAUGUUCAAAUUUUUACGAAGUGCUGUGAGACAUGCCAGAAAGGUAAGGAUUGCUUUAAUUUUCAGUUUUGCAAAUGUGCUCCUUUAUUAUACUCGCUGCAUAUUUGAAUGCUCAUACUAACAAAGAGGGGAAUAACACAUGGAAACAUAAAGACACAUUGAUGCGGUCAACAAAAGCUACAACAGCAAGCGGUGAACUGGUGAGAGCAAUCAUGUAUCGACACAUACUCCUGAUAAUGUCACACCCAUCACCUAUGUGCCAAUCCCAAGUGCACACCAAUUAAAGCAUAAGAAAUUAAUAAAAUAUGGAAAGCCUAUAUUUAUGGCUCCUACACCACCCUGUACACGUGUAUGUUACAGGCCAGGCUUGCUUGGUCCAAUAUAGAUGGUUCUUUGACAUAACAACAGGU